AUGUUUCUAUCUCACCCUCCUCAAGCAAUACAACCCACUUAUUAUACCGUUAACUUCUUACCUCGCUCUUCUCCGAGCCCACCGUCGUGCUCCGUUGCCUUAAACAAUCCUUCCACAGCCUCCGCCGCCGGAACUAAAAUAUCUAAUAAUCAGCUAAUUCAAUCAUUGUGCAAAGAGGGUAACCUUAAACAGGCCCUUCGAGUCUUGUCUCAGGAAUCCAGCCCGUGUCAACGGACCUUCGAGCUUCUAAUUCUCUGUUGCGGUCGUCGGAGCUCUCUUUCUGAUGCUCUACGCGUCCAUCGGCAUAUUCUGGAUAAUGGGUCUGAUCAAGACCCUUUUUUGGCUACCAAGCUUAUCGGUAUGUAUUCGGAUUUAGGCUCGGUUGAUUACGCACGGAAGGUGUUCGAUAAAACGCGUAAGAGAACUAUAUAUGUGUGGAAUGCUUUGUUCCGAGCGCUUACAUUAGCUGGUUAUGGAGAAGAAGUAUUGGGUUUGUACUGGAAGAUGAAUAGGAUUGGAGUCCAAUCAGAUAGGUUCACAUACACUUACGUUCUCAAGGCUUGUGUCGCAUCGGAAUGCACGGGGAAUCAUCUGACUAAAGGGAAAGAGAUUCACGCACAUAUUACCCGAAACGGAUACAAUUCACAUGUUUACAUUAUGACUACGUUGUUGGACAUGUAUGCUCGAUUUGGCUGUGUGGAUUAUGCCAGCCAUGUGUUCCAUGGAAUGCCUGUUAGAAAUGUGGUUUCUUGGAGCGCAAUGAUUGCCUGCUACACUAAGAACGGGAAAGCUUUUGAAGCUCUGAGGACUUUCCGUGAAAUGAUGACAGAAACCAAAGAUUCAUCCCCGAAUUCUGUGACUAUGGUGAGUGUGCUUCAAGCCUGUGCUUCGCUAGCCGCUUUAGAGCAAGGGAGAUUGAUUCAUGGGUACAUACUCAGACGGGGGCUUGACUCCAUAUUGCCGGUGAUCAGUGCUCUUGUGACAAUGUAUGGUAGAUGUGGUAGGCUUGAAGUGGGACAAAGAGUAUUUGAUCAGAUGGAUGAGCGGGAUGUUGUAUCCUGGAAUUCUUUGAUAUCAAGCUAUGGCGUUCACGGGUACGGAAGGAAAGCGAUUCAGAUAUUCGAAGAGAUGCUUGCCAAUGGAGCUUCCCCAACACCUGUAACAUUUGUCAGCGUGUUGGGAGCUUGCAGCCACGAGGGCCUUGUUGAGGAAGGAAAAAGAUUGUUUGAAUCAAUGUGGAGAGACCAUGGGAUAAAACCACAAGUCGAGCAUUAUGCUUGUAUGGUUGAUCUGCUAGGUCGGGCGAAUAGGUUAGACGAAGCUGCAAAGAUGGUACAAGAGAUGAGGACUGAACCGGGGCCUAAGGUUUGGGGUUCGCUUCUCGGGUCUUGUAGAAUUCAUGGUAAUGUUGAGCUCGCAGAGCGAGCGAGUAGAAGGCUCUUUGCGCUAGAACCGAAGAACGCAGGAAACUAUGUGCUAUUGGCAGACAUUUACGCAGAAGCUCAGAUGUGGGAUAAGGUCAAGAAAGUGAAGAAGCUUCUAGAAUACCGAGGACUGCAGAAACUACCUGGUCGGUGCUGGAUGGAAGUGAGGAGGAAAAUGUACUCGUUUGUCUCGGUGGAUGAGUUCAACCCUCUUAUGGAACAGAUUCAUGCUUUCUUGGUUAAGUUAGCUGAAGAUAUGAAGGAGAGAGGGUACAUACCGCAGACCAAAGGCGUUCUGUAUGAGCUUGGGACGGAAGAGAAAGAGCGGAUAGUGUUGGGACACAGUGAGAAACUGGCGUUGGCGUUUGGGCUGAUAAAUACAGCAAAAGGAGAACCGAUCAGGAUCACGAAGAACUUGCGUUUGUGCGAGGACUGUCACUUGUUUACUAAGUUCAUCUCGAAAUUCAUGGAAAAAGAAAUUUUGGUUAGAGAUGUGAACCGGUUUCAUCGGUUCAAGAAUGGAGUGUGUUCUUGUGGAGAUUACUGGUAA